UCUCUGCCUGGGGCAGGAGAGGAUUCAGAACCAGGAAAGAGCUCAGAAUGAAGGUGGAAGGCAGAGGAAUCACCUGCUUGCUGGUCUCCUCCGUGGUGUGCCUGGUGGCCAGCCCUGGGGGCAAGGCCUGCCCUCGCCGCUGUGCCUGCUAUGUGCCUACAGAGGUGCACUGCACAUUUCGGUACCUGACCUCUAUCCCAGACGGCAUCUCACCCGAUGUGGAGCGCAUUAAUUUAGGGUACAACAGCUUGGUUAGAUUGACAGAAAUGGAUUUUUCUGGCCUGAACAAACUGGAGUUGCUAAUGCUGCACAGCAAUGGCAUUCAUACAAUCCCGGCUAAGACCUUCUCAGACUUGCAGGCCUUGCAGGUCUUAAAAAUGAGCUAUAACAAAAUCCGAAAACUUCAGAAAGAUACUUUUUAUGGCCUCAGGAGCUUGACACGGUUGCAUAUGGACCACAACAAUAUUGAGUUUAUAAACCCAGAGGUUUUUUAUGGACUCACCUUUCUCCGACUGGUGCACCUGGAAGGAAAUCAGCUCACUAAGCUCCAUCCAGAUACAUUUGUCUCUUUGAAAUACCUCCAGAUAUUUAAAACAUCUUUCAUUAAGUACCUAUACUUGUCUGAUAACUUCCUGAGUUCCCUACCUCAAGAGAUGAUUUCCAAUAUGCCUGAUUUGGAAAGCCUUUAUCUUCAUGGGAACCCAUGGACCUGUGAUUGCCAUUUAAAAUGGUUGUCUGACUGGAUACAGGAAAAACCAGAUAUAAUAAAAUGCAAAAAAGACAGAAGUCCUUCCAGUCCUCAGCAAUGUCCACUUUGUAUGAACCCCAGGACCUCUAAAGGCACGCCCUUAGCUAUGGUCCCAGCUGCAGCUUUCCUGUGUGCCAAGCCAACCAUCGACCCAUCCCUGAAAUUAAAGAGCCUGACUGUUCUGGAAGACAGCAGUCCUGUGUCCAUCUCUCCCCAAGAUUUCAUGGCACCCCUUGGCUCCAUCACUUUGAAUAUGACAGAUCAGUUUGGAAAUGAAGCUAACAUAGUCUGCAGUAUCCAAAAACCCUCAAAGACAUCAUCCAUUGCAUUCACUGAAGAAAAUGACUAUAUCAUGCUAAAUUCAUCAUUUUCAACAUUUCUGGUGUGUAACAUAGAAAACAAUUACAUUCAGCAAGUGUGGCAAGUUCUGGCUUUGUACAGUGAUUCUCCUCUGAUUCUAGAAAGGAGCCACUUGCUCACUGAAACACCACAACGCUGCUACAAAUAUAAACAGGUGGCUCCUAAACCUGAAGACAUCUUUACCGACACAGAGGCUGAACUCACAAUAGAUCCCCCUUGGUUAAUGCAAGACCAAAUCUCCUUGCAGCUAAAUAGAACUGCCAGCACACUCAGUACAUUGCACAUCCAGUACUCCAGUGAUGUUCAAGUCACUUUACCAAGGGCAGAAAUAAGGCCAGUGAAACAUAAAUGGACCAUGAUUUCCAGAGAUAACAAUACUAAGCUGGAACGCACUGUUUUGAUUGGUGGGACCAUUAGCCUAGAAUGCCCAGGCCAAGGAGACCCUACCCCACAUUUGGAGUGGCUUCUGGCUGAUGGGAGUAAAGUGAGAGCCCCUUAUGUUAGUGAGGAUGGACGAAUCCUAAUAGACAAAAGUGGAAAAUUAGAACUCCAGAUGGCUGAUAGUUUUGACACAGGCAUAUACCACUGCAUAAGCACCAAUUAUGAUGAUGCAGAUAUUCUCACCUAUAGAAUUACUGUGGUAGAGCCCUCCAUAGAAGCCUAUCAUGAAAAUGCGGCUCAUUAUACAGUUUUCAUUGGUGAAACACUUGACCUUCCAUGCCAUUCUUCUGGUAUCCCAGAUGCCUCUGUUAGCUGGGUUCUUCCAGGAAACACUGUGUUUUAUCAGUCCUCCAGAGACAAGCAAAUUCUUAACAAUGGCACACUAAGACUAUUACAGGUCACCCCAAAAAACCAGGGUUAUUAUUGUUGUGUAGCAGCCAACCCAUCAGGGGUUGACUUUUUGAUUAACCAAGUUUCAGUCAAAACGAAAGGGCAAAGGCCAGUAGAGCAUAAUGUAGAAAUAGAUGGAUCUGGACUUGAUGAGCCCAAUCCCAUUGCUCAUCUUAUGGACCCACCAGCUGUGCAACUCCCUACCUCUGUUCCACUGGGAGCUGAGACUGGAAAACAAGUAUUGAGCACAAGUAAAAAGCACAACUAUCGCGAGUCAAUACACCGGCGGCGAGGAGAUUCACCAAAUCGACAUUUUAGAGAGCACAGGAGGCCCUUCCCUUCCUCUGCUCGGAGAAUUGACCCACAGCACUGGGCAGCACUUUUGGAGAAAGCUAAAAAGAAUAUUAUGCCAGAGAAGCAAGAAACUACUACAGCAAGGCCCCCUUCAGUGGCCACCCAACUCCUGAAGAUACCUGGGGAGGAAAUGGACUCUUCAGGCAAGCUCCCUCCAGAUGAGGAACUGAUGGCCCUGGCAACUAAGGCUCCUAGUGUUCUGGCAAGGACACUGAUUGCCAAUUCCAGAAAAAUACCUGAUAGCCCUGUGACAAAUGUAACUGUUACUGAAGUCUCUCCAGUUGCGGGUCCACAAAUCCUACCACCUGAAAAACCAAUAGAUUUCAAGCCAUCUCCUAUUAAAACUACAGCCAUGUCAGAGAAUAUCAACCCAACCUUAUCAAGCAAAAUGCAAGGCACAACCACUGAAAAUUUCUCCACUAUCUCUCCUUUCUUACCUGAAGCAAUGCAAUUUCAGGAAGCUGACAACACUAGGAGGAAAAAAGAGCAUUUACAAAGUACAGUCCCAAUAGCAGUGGGGACUAUGAGCAAAGAUGCCAAUAUCAAAAUGCUCAGUAGUGCUAACAGCAAAGCUGAUAUAUUCUUAGGGUCAGUAAAUGCCACAAAUAGUCAUCAGACAACUGUAACAGGAGUCAGUGACCCCAGGAGCAAUCACCUCUAUCCAUACAUUACUCAAAAGCUUAGCACCUCUGAGAUACCUUCAGGCCCAUACACUGCUGCUCAUUCUCAGUCACAGAUUCCUAGAAAUAGUACAACUAACAUCCCACUAACAUCUAGGCGCUUUGGAAGACGGAGGAAAAUUUGGGGUAGGGGUCGCGUUAUCAGCCCAUAUAGAACUCCAAUUCUUCGACAACAUAGAUAUGGCUUUGUGAGACCAACAUUCAGAGUUUCUUCUGAAGAAAGCACUACAUUUUCAGCCACAGAGGUCAAUGUGGUGUGCCCAUCCUGUUCUCCCGAGGAGAGGCUCACCACUGCUGCAGCAGCAUUGUCUUUUCCAAGUUCUUCCCCUAUCAUGCUCACCAAAGCUGAAACUUCCAAAGUCACAGAAGAGUCUACAACUCUAGUCCACAAUCCAUCAUUACCAUUUGAGAACAAACCAAAUGUAAAUAUUGAGAAAACAAUACCCACAAUAAAAUAUUUCAGUGCUGAAAGUACCCAAAUGACUCCAACUGAUGCAGUUAUGACUCAUGCCCCCAAAUCCUUACCUGUGGAAAAAACUGUAACAAAUAAUGGCUACCCAAGUGGGUCUAAUACCAAUGAAGUUAAAAGAGAUUCAAUGUUUAUAUCACCACUUCCAGAUCCCACCACCAAGCCAUCUAUGUCUACUACUACAGCCAUUACAAGAUUUUUAAGAAGGAAAAUUCCCUGGCAUCAGAUCUUUGUAAAUAACCAUGUCCAAAAAGAGAGGUUAAAGAAUCAGCAUCAAUUUAGCUCACCAAAAAGCACAGCCACAGUACUUACUAAAAUAUCUCCUGCUUUACCCACAGAUAAAGUUUUCCCUUUCCAUUUCACAACACUCUCAACAAGUGUGAUGCAAAUUCCAUCUAUAACAUCAGCUACAACUCACCAAAAUAUCACUGAAACACACAGUCCUAUAAGUCUCCCAACAAUGAAAAAGCUGCCCUUUCCACCAGUUUACCCUACACCUCUUAAUAUCUUAAGCAAAGAAUCAAGUACCAACAAUUUCAUAUCAAUGCAGACAGCCAGGCUGACAGUUCCUCCUACUGCCCCUGCAUCAGUCAUUAUCAGUAAAACCCAAAUAGCCAGACCCAGGACACGAAACAUACAAAGAAAAAAGGAGCCUCAGAGGAACAGGAAUGACUCAUACUCCUCUCCUAGUCAGAGUUCUGGCUUCACUACUUCCACUACUAUGAUACCUCCUGAUCUAACUGCAACUGAAACUUCAACCAAGCCCAGUAUCUUUGCUUUCACUCAUUCUCCCUUAGAAAACAUAAAAGGAAUUUCAAGCACAAUGGGUCUUUAUCCAAGAACACUUACUCUGACAGAUGUAAUUGAAGAACUACCCCAAGAGAAUACUCAGACUUUGAAGAGCAGAAUUGUUUCUGAAAUCACUUUGUCCAGCAAACUACACCAGAGCACCACAACUAGGAACACAAUCAUUAGACACUCAACCAUGCCACCAUUCCGGAGUGUCAGUGCUGCUCCAAUGCCAAUUCCCACCUCCCAUUCCUUGAGUAAUCAAAGUGCAGUCACAGACAACAUGGCAACUCCAGUUUUUAGGAUGAUGACAAAUACAGUGAUCAAGCCACGUGAAUACUCUAGGCACAAUGCUAAUCCACAGCAAUUAGCAGCAGAGGUUGCAACAUCGCCCAGAGUUCGCCCAAAUAUCAAGGUCACAAUUGGAACCACCCACUUUAUCUACUCCAAUCUGUUUCAUUCUGCUUCUACACCAGCACUAAUGACAGUUAAACCACAGAAUUCUAAACUGACUUCCUCUCCCUGGUCAGAAAACCACUUCUGGCACAAGUCAUACCCAGAAAUUGCUGAAAAAGGCAAAAUGCCAGUAGUGAGCAUAUUGCCCACUCCAGGCUUGCCAGAGGACACCACUCAUGCUUCAAAUUGGGAUAUUCAGAAGACUGCAAAGAAAAAUGGCUUUGAUGAGACACCAGUUCAAAAAAUAACAACUUCUGAACUCCUUCCCUUUGAUUCUUUGUCUAGGAAUAUAUUUGAAAGGCCCAGAAUAGUUGGAGGAAAAGCAGCAAGUUUUACUGUUCCCGCUAACUCAGAUGCCUUUCUUCCUUGUGAGGCUGUUGGAAAUCCCCUGCCCACCAUCCACUGGACCAGAGUCUCAUCAGGAUUUGAUAUAUCUAAAAGGAAACAGAAUAGCAGAUUCCAGGUGCUGCCCAAUGGCACCCUGUCCAUACAGAGGGUGGACAUUCAGGACCGCGGACAGUACCUGUGCUCAGCAUCCAAUCCACUUGGCACUGACCGCCUUCAUGUCAUGUUGUCCGUGGUUUCCUAUCCCCCCAGGAUUCUGGAUAGGCGUACCAAAGAGAUCACAGUCCACUCUGGAAGCACUGUGGAAUUGAAGUGCAGAGCUGAAGGUAGACCAAGUCCUACAAUUUCCUGGGUUCUUGCAAACCAAACGGUGGUUUCAGAAUCAUCUGAGGGGAAUAGGCAGGCCCUGGUGACAUCUAAUGGAACACUGGUCAUCCACAGUCUCAGCAUUUAUGACCGGGGUUUUUACAAAUGCAUGGCCAGCAACUCAGCUGGCCAGGAUUCACUGUUGGUCAAAAUACAAGUCAUUGCAGCCCCACCUGUUAUUCUAGAGCAAAAGAGGCAAGUCAUUGUAGGGACUUGGGGUGAAAGUUUGAAAUUGCCCUGUACUGCCAAAGGAACUCCUCAGCCCAGUGUUCACUGGGUCCUCUCUGAUGGCACUGAAGUGAAACCACUGCAGUUUAUAAAUUCUAAGUUGUUGUUAUUUUCAAAUGGGACUCUGUAUAUAAGAAAUGUAGACUCUUCAGACAGGGGCACUUAUGAAUGCAUUGCUACCAGCUCCACUGGCUCAGAAAGAAGAGUGGUAAUUCUUACAGUGGAAGAGCGAGAAACCAUCCCCAGGAUAGAAUUUGCAUCCCAGAAGCGGACUGAGGUGAAUUUUGGGGACAAAUUACUACUGAACUGCUCAGCCAUUGGGGAACCCAAACCCAAAAUAAUCUGGAGGCUACCAUCCAGGGCUAUUGUCGACCAGUGGCACAGAAUGGGCAGCCGUAUCCAUGUCUACCCAAAUGGAUCCUUGUUUAUUGGAUCAAUAACAGAAAAAGAUGGCGGUGACUACUUGUGUGUGGCCAGAAACAAAAUGGGGGAUGAUCUGAUACUAAUGCAUGUGAGCCUCCGACUGAAACCGGCCAAAAUUUAUCACAAGCACCAUUUUAAAAAGCAAGUAUUCCAUGGGAAAGAUUUCCAAGUUGAUUGCGAGGCUUCUGGCUCCCCACUGCCUGAGAUAUCUUGGAGUUUGCCUGAUGGAACGAUGAUAAACAAUGCAAUGCAAGCCGAUGACAGUGGCCGCAGGACCAGGAGGUAUACCCUUUUUGACAAUGGAACCCUAUACUUCAACAAAGUUGGGAUAGCAGAGGAAGGAGAUUAUACUUGCUAUGCCCAGAACACUCUGGGGAAGGAUGAAAUGAAGGUGCACCUAACAGUAAUAACAGCUGCCCCACGGAUCAGGCAGGGUUACAAGACCCACAGGAGAAUCAAGGCUGGAGACACAGUGGUCCUUGACUGUGAGGUCAUCGGUGAACCCAAACCAAAAAUAUUUUGGUUGCUGCCUUCCCAUGACGUGAUUUCAUUCUCUAAGGACAGGUACACAUUUCAUGCGAACGGGUCUUUGUCCAUCAACAAAGUGAAACUGCUCGAUUCCGGAGAGUAUGUGUGUGUGGCCCGAAAUCCCAGUGGGGAUGACACAAAAAUGUACAAACUGGAUGUUGUCUCCAAACCUCCAUUAAUCAACGGUCUGUAUACAAACAGAACGGUCAUUAAAGCCACAGCCGUGAGGCAUUCCAAAAAACACUUUGACUGCAGAGCUGAAGGAACACCAUCUCCUCAAGUCAUGUGGAUCAUGCCAGAUAAUAUUUUCCUCACGGCCCCAUACUAUGGAAGCAGAAUCACAGUCCAUAAAAAUGGAACCUUGGAAAUUAGGAAUGUGAGGUUUUCAGACUCGGCAGAUUUUAUCUGUGUGGCUCGGAAUGAAGGAGGAGAGAGCGUGCUGGUGGUACAGUUAGAAGUACUGGAAAUGCUAAGACGACCAACAUUCAGAAAUCCAUUUAAUGAAAAAAUAGUUGCCCAGCUUGGAAAGUCCACAGCACUGAAUUGUUCUGUGGAUGGAAACCCACCACCUGAAAUAAUCUGGAUUUUACCAAAUGGCACAAGAUUUCCCAAUGAGCCGCAAAUUUCUCAGUAUCUGAUAGCAGGCAAUGGUUCUUUCAUCAUUUCUAAAACAACUCGGGAUGAUGCAGGAAAAUACCGGUGUGCAGCAAGAAAUAAAGUCGGCUACAUUGAAAAAUUAAUUGUGUUAGAAAUUGGCCAGAAGCCAGUGAUUCUUUCUUAUGCACUAGGAACAGUUUACUGUAUCAGUGGAGAAUCUCUAUCACUGCACUGUGUGUCUGAUGGAAGCCCUAAGCCAAAUAUCAAAUGGACUACACCAAGUGGUUCUAUAAUAGAUAGACCUCAAAGUAGUGGAAAAUACAUAUUGCAUGAAAAUGGCACCUUAGUCAUUAAAGAAGCAACAGCUUAUGACAGAGGAAACUACAUUUGUAUGGCUCAAAAUAACGUUGGCCACACACUGAUUACCGUUCCAGUAAUGGUUGUAGCCUACCCACCCCGAAUUACAAAUCGCCUACCCAGGAGCAUUCUCACAAGGAUUGGAGCGCCCGUUCAGCUCCGAUGUGUGGCCCUGGGAGUCCCCAAGCCAGAAAUCACAUGGGAGCGGCCAGACCACUCCUUGCUCUCAAUGGCAAAUAAAGGGGGGACUCAUGGACUUGAGCCUUUUCACCCCCAAGGUACCCUCAUCAUUCAGAAUCCCCAAACCUCAGAUUCUGGGAUCUACAAAUGCACAGCGAGGAAUCCACUUGGUAGUGAUUAUGCAACAACGUAUGUUCAGGUCAUCUGACAUGAAAUAAAAAUUGAACAAAGUCAACAUCUGGACAGUUUAUUUUUUGGAAGAAGUUUAAUCAAAGGCAGCCAUAGGCAUGUAAAUGAAUUUGAGUACAUUUACAAUAUUAAAUUUAUAAUGGACAUGCAAAAUAAAAAAAGAAAAAGACUUGUAAAUAAAUGCAAUAUGACUGAUAGUGAUUUCGUUAAUUGAUCUCCAAACGAACUUUUAACUUAAGGCACUUUUAUUUUGCCAACAAAUAACAAUGAACAUUAAGGUAAAACUGUCCACCAUAAAAGAACAAAUGGCUAAUGUAUCUGAAUUCUUCAUUAAAGAAUAGACUUCGUUCUUUCACUACCAGUUGCCUAGUGUCCACCUUCUAGCAAUGUUACAAGCAUGGCACUGAGAAGAGAGACAAUGGGAAAGAUUAAAUUUGUAGUCUUGAUUGUAAAUUUACAAUUUUGAUGUACAGAUAUUUUGUGGCUGGCUUAGAAAUAUUUUAGUAAAACCUAGAGAAAAUAAGCUCUGAACGGUUUUGACUAGGAUUAUGUUUUGUGUACACUGAAAAUUUUCAUUGAUGGGGAAUACAAAAAUGUUUUUUAAUAACUGCAUUUAAAAUACAUGUAAAAAGCAACUUAACACCUACAUAUCAUAAAAAGUGAAAAGGGGGUUGAUUACUUCGUUACUGAAAUAAACUCAUUAAAAA